AUGUCGACAGAAAAGAAGCCCCCAAUCACCUGCCACGUCCUCGACACCACGAUUGGCAAGCCCGCAGCGAACAUACCCGUCGUACUCACGCUGCUCAACCCGUCCUCGACAUCCGACGCCGCGCUCAGGUUCUCCGCAACCACAAACGGCGACGGACGCGUCACGGCUUGGAAACCUGCCAGUCCGUUCUCGAGCGAGCAGCUGGAGGAUGUGUUCCACGAGCAAGGCGACAAGAAGUACAGCCUGACCUUCGAUACGGAGGCGUACUUUGGAGGAAGAGGGGUCAGUACUUUCUUCCCAGAGGUUGUCGUGCAGUUCGUCGUUAGGGAGGCACAGAAACAGGAGCAUUUUCAUGUGCCUGUCUUGCUUGGGCCGUUUGGGUACACGACAUAUCGCGGAUCGUAG